AUGAAGGGUGGCUUAGUUUUGUUCUUGAUUACCGUGGUGACAGUGUUAGGAGUUUGUCAUGGAGGGCAGUUGAGGAAAAAAUUUUACAAGGAGAGUUGCCCACAGGCUGAGGAAAUUGUGAAAAACAUCAUAUGGAAAAGUGUUGCGAGCAAUUCAACUUUGCCUGCAAAGUUUCUUAGAAUGCAUUUUCAUGAUUGUUUUGUUCGGGGUUGCGAUGGCUCAGUUUUGAUAGACUCAACACCAAACAACUCAGCCGAGAAGGAUGCGAUUCCGAACCAAUCGCUGGGAGGAUUUGAUGUUAUUGAAGAAGUGAAGACCCAGUUGGAGAAGACUUGCCCUGGAGUAGUCUCUUGUGCAGAUAUCUUAGCUUUAGCAGCUAGAGACUCAGUUUCUUUCCAAUUUAAGAAGCCACUGUGGAAGGUGCUAACAGGGCGAAGAGACGGAAGGAUUUCACUUGCUUCUGAGGCUCUUGCCAACAUUCCCUCACCCUUCUUUAACUUCACCGCCCUCAAACAAUCUUUUGCCAGCAAAGGCCUUACAGUUCAUGAUCUAGUUGUCCUAUCAGGUGGGCACACAAUUGGAGUUGGCCAUUGCAAUUUCUUCAGCAACAGGCUGUACAAUUUCACUGGAAAUGGCGGUGCGGAUCCUUCUCUAAAUCCACAGUAUGCUGCUUUCUUGAGAACCCAAUGCAGAAGCCUUGCGGACAACACAACUAUUGUGCCGAUGGACCCCGGGAGCGGCCUAAAUUUCGAUAAUCAUUACUACAAGAUUCUUCUACAAAACAAAGGACUAUUCCAGUCUGAUGCCGCGCUUUUAACUAACAAAGGCUCCAACAAUAUCGUGGAAGAGUUGACCGACUCUGAGAAGUUUUUCACCGAGUUUGCUCAAUCCAUGAAGAGAAUGGGAGCAAUUGAAGUUCUUACAGGGUCUUCAGGAGAGAUUAGAAAGAAGUGCAACGUGAUCAAUUAAAAUAUUAUUUAAUACAAUUUACAAUUUCCAUUGAUGUACUAUGAAUGUUUAGUGUAUGUGGUUUGAAGAGAUCAUACUUUGAAUAAUCCUAUACUAAAGGAUAGUUUAAGUGUGUAAUAAUAAUAGAAAGAGUUUGUGAUGAUUCACGAUAUAAUGCUCUGAGAUCAUAUUUUGAAUAA